AUGCCUCCUCUCAAACCUCGCCGGGCGCAUCAAAAAUCCCGUCUUGGAUGCGACCAGUGUAAGCACCGCAGGGUUAAGUGUGAUGAGAAGGGACCACCAUGUUCCAAUUGUAUUUCGCGUGAGCUCAACUGUACCUAUUUAAGAGCCCCACCAAAGGACCUGCAUUAUGUACGGCCACCUAGGACCACGAAUAGAGUCCCAAGAUCGCCUGACACCCCCAGAACAUUGGCUCCUAGUCCUGCCGCCUCCUCCCCUUCCGCCAUAUCCGGAGUACGUGAUCUAGAGCUAAUGCAUCAUUUCGCGACAGCCACCUUCCGGAGUGUCUGUACAUCUGAAUCUGAGUAUGAAGUGUGGCAGAUCAUCGUACCACGACUGGCCCUGCAGUAUGAGUUUCUGAUGAAUGGCGUCUUGGCUCUUGCGGCGUUGCAUAUAGCUACUGCCAUGGAGCUGCCAAACUCUUUGGCUUAUAUUGACACGGCAUUGCAAUAUCACAAUCUGUCAUUUGCACCCUUUCGCGCAUCCAUUGAUAACCUCACGCCGCAGAAUUGUGAGGCUGUAGCGGCGCAAUCUAUAAUCACAACUGUCAUCAGCAUCGCGUUACCGCGAAUUACGGCAGUCCGGGACGAGAGCUCCAACAUGACCGAAAAUAUCAUUGUCGUCUUCGAGCUUCUGCAAGGGGUCAAGAAUAUAUAUGAUAUCGGUCGGGCCUGGAUAAAACUCAAGUUCUUCUCACGUCGAAAAGAUGAUACAGACCCCUCUGAACUGGACGCCGAUACAGUGACUGCAUUGGAUCGACUAGCCACAAUAAACGAAGAGGCUUUCAAGAUAACAGUAGAUACAGACCAGUAUCAAAUCAACACAGAUGUGAUUGCCCACCUCCGUCGUUGCUGUAAUUUGUUUGCUAGCACAGAAGACCCGGCGCAUGUUCUUGCUUGGCUGGCUGCGGUUGAUAAGGAAUUCGUCGACAAUGUGCGGCGUGGUCAACCGUUGGCUUUGCUCAUUCUUAUGCAUUGGGGUAUUUUUCUAGGAAAGCUGGAUGGUCAUCGGUGGUGGGCACAAAACUCUGGUCGAGCAUUGGUUUCUGAACUCUUGCGAGUCAUACAGCCUGGUGAUGCGCAGUGGACUGACUCAUUGUCAUGGUCUCAGCGAAAGAUGGGCCUUUAA